GUAAAUUCUGACAUAUAAUAUGGGAACAUGAAUAAUGUCUGAAUUUCUAUGUUAUUUCUAUGUUCGGUGUCACCUAAAUUUAUCAUUGCAGUUAUGGGGAAGAAAUGCGAAGGCUGUAAAAUUGCGGAGAAUUAUAAUUAUUGGUCUGAACUUCCUGCAACAAAACACCAAUUCUUCAAGGUCAUGUAUGGCGAUUUUGAGCACCAAAUGAAUAUUCCUCAGAAGUUCAUGGAGUGUUUCAAGGAGAAACUCUCCCCGUGGUGUACACUUAUAGCGCCAAGUAAACACAAAUGGAAAAUCAGACUCUCGAGUACAUAUGAUGAAAGGCCAUUGGUGUUUACAGAUGGAUGGAAACAGUUUGUUCGUGACAAUGGAGUGGAAACAAAUGACUUCUUAGUGUUCCGUUUUGUUGGAGACUCCUCGUUUGAGGUGUCAGUGUUUGACAAGAGUGGUUGCGAGAAAGAGGGUUGUCACUUUUCCAUUAAUUCCAAUUCAAUCUCAAGAAGAUUCUCUUGUACAAGUAAUCUCCACAUCAACCAUGGUAGUGUGGCUAAAGAAGAAAUUGAGAUUUGUGACUCAUCAUCAGAGGAUUAUUCUUUGUGGAAGGAAGACGAAGAAGAGACUGAGGAUGUAAGUCAUGUAAUAACGGAAGAAAAGAGGGAGAGAAGAGGAAGCUCAAGUGAAGGAAAAUUUCCUCAAAGCCAAAAGUACUUCAUAUCGAAUAGGCGGGAUCUUAAACCUGGAGAAAAGAAAAGGGCUUCCAAGAUGGCAGAGUGUUAUAGGCGCAGCAUGAAGGAUAAUAAGAGAGUGUUUCCUGUGUUUCAGAUAGCCAAAAGUACUUCAUAUCGAAUUUAUGUUUUUUUUUUGGUAUUUUUGGUGUUUGAGAAUUGGGACUUUAUACUUUUAUAGACUUUAUGUAGUUU